UGAGAGCACAAGGAUCACGCUUAUCUCAAAAGAGUACUUAUUAGUACACAAUAAUUGGCUACCUAGCUAACAUCUCGUUUUAUUCGAAGGAUUGAAUACCCUUGCUAGAAAGUGGUGUAAACUGGAGCUUCACCAUCAGUAUGAUUGUGACUUCCAUGGCUGAAUUAGUUAGCAGGACUGAUUAAAAAAUGAAUUCCAUUUCGCUCUUGUUACUUAUUAUCAUCAAACCUAACAUCAGCACUUCACUAGAAUGUGGAGUCCCGCAGCAAAAAACAACGGAACUAAUAGUAAAUGGUAAGAAUGCGGUUAAAGGAAAGUGGCCGUGGCAUGUUGCAAUUUUCCACAAAAAUCAUCCCUCCACUACGUACGUUUGCGGUGGAACACUAAUAUCUGCUACGCAUGUCCUGACGGCAGCGCAUUGUGUAAUCAACUCAAACACUGGGUAUUUGAUGCCUAGUAAAAGCAUCUUAGUUGAAGUCGGUGCGUAUGAUUUGAUACACGAUUUUCACGGCAGACAGCGGCAUUUGAUCAGAGCCACACAUAAGAUGGAAAACUACAACAGAGCUAGUCUCAAACAUGACAUAGCUAUUCUGGAGCUUGAUUCGGAAGUUGAGUUCAAUCAGUAUGUCCAUCCGGCUUGCGUUUACCAGGGAAAGGAAUUGACCGGGAAGAACGGAACAGUAAUCGGAUGGGGCAUAACAGAGAACAACAAAGUGUCCAGUAUUUUGAAGGUAGCGGUGCUACCAGUGAUUGACACUAUUACGUGCUUAACGAGCAACCGAUAUGUAUUCGGACCAACUUUAGACAAAGGGAUGUUCUGCGCUGGGUACAUCGAGGGUACCAGCGUCUGUAACGGUGACAGCGGAGGUGGUAUGUUUUUCGAUGUGGAUGGCGCAUGGCACAUUGGAGGAAUUGUAUCGUACAAGCAGGUGAGAGACGACAACGAAUUACUUUGUCAAACGGAUGGAUAUGCAGUUUUUACAAAGAUCUACGAUUAUUUGCCGUGGAUUGGCGAAGUGAUCGGAGCGAAAAUAUCGAGUGUUGAAGGAAGAGAAUUAUCUGACUUGGAUAACUGCGAGCCAAAAGCUGAUGAUGGACCAAAAUUGGGUUGGGGUAUUUUCCCCAGAAGCUGUGGAAUAUACACUCCCAACCGGAUUAUGUUUGGCGAAGUUGCACGAGUCUUCGAAUUUCCUUGGAUGGCAAUUCUUCUAUACAAGGACGAGAACCUUAAUUGCGCGGGAACACUCAUCAAUAGGCGCUACGUCUUAACGUCCGCGCUUUGCCUUCAGUCAAGUCUUCCCGAACGAAUAAGACUGGGAGAACACACCUGGUAUCAAGACAUCGACUGCAACGACGAUUAUGAUUGUGCUCCUCCUGUGCGAGAUUUCCAAAUAGAAUGCGUGGUUCAACAUCAGGACUACAAUGAAUACACAGGGAUGAACAACAUAGCCCUUAUUCGACUUAGUGAAGGUGUUUUGUUCGAGGAUCACAUUCAGCCAAUUUGUCUCCCACUGACAACUGAACUAAGAUCAGUGGAGUUGCCAAGCUACAUUAUAGCAGGUUGGGGUUCAACGGAACAUGCUGUACUAUCGAUAAUGCUAAGAAAGGCAUCUAUCGGAGUGAUCAGUGGUCACGAGCAAUGUCAGCAGCUAUUUACAGAAGACGAUUACGAUCCCGGAUCGGUUUAUUACGAUCAGUAUUGCACAGUGACGGAAGAUUCGCCCGGAUACUGUUUUGGAGACGGAGGAGGACCGCUGGGCCAAACGGUUCGAUUCAACGGAAUGCGCUUCGUGCAGUUCGGAAUAUUUUCGAACGGUUGGGGUACAUGCAAUCGUUCAAAAACUGUGUUCACCAAAGUUGGCGCUCACAUGGAUUGGAUUAUGGCGAAUGUGAGACCGUAGUGUUAAAAGCAGUUGAGUGAUAAUAAUUAGGCAUGUUGAGGACUGAAUUAUUCCCAUGGACUUGUUAUAUAAUAAUAAUAAAUAACCU